AUGGCCGAAAACAAGGGAUCGCCGCCCGUCGAUAGCGAACUCACCGAAGCGCACGAAAACCUAACCCUUUCGUCGACAGCUAGCGAACUGACUCGCAUCUUCAACAACGCCGGCAUUAUUCCUGGUAAGGGCUACCUAUCCUUUAAUAUGGGCGACGACGAGGAAGAAGAGGUGGAUGACUACGUCGCCGUAGACCACGACGAUGCUUCAGAUUACUCGUAUCUAUUCCGACGACCGUCACAAGGACGCCCGCGAACUGCGUUAGAUGAACUCCAUCCCUUCACUAGCGUCCUCAAUAUGUCGAAUGUCGAUGACUGCGUUGAUGUGGAAGCGGUGUUCCCCGAACACGAGCGAGCUUCGAAGGAUAAGUUUAUAUAUCGCCUCACAAAAUGCCCCGAAUUGAGCUUGGGGAUAUUCACUCUGCCGGUCUUGGACAAAAACCAAGAAAAGUCUCGCCCAGAACUUAUUGCACACGUGAUCGCGACUCGCACAUCAGCGCCGCGCGUGACCGAAGCCUGCAUGGACUUCCCGACAGACUGGCAAACGCGAAUGCGCAGCCUGCCUGAUGAGAACGACACGGAAGUACUCGGCCACGAAGAUCAAGGUGGAACAAUUGCACUGCAUUCUCUCGCCGUCAAGGAAGAGCAUCAGAGGAAACAAGUCGGGACUACCCUCAUGAAGUCUUACAUACAACGCAUCAAAGACGCUGCUAUCGCAGAACGAAUUGCGCUUCUUGCACACGACCACAUGGUUUCUUUCUACGAAUCCCUCGGGUUUGAAAAUCGUGGACCGAGCGCAUGUGCAUUUGGCGGCGGUGGCUGGUUUGAUAUGGUUUAUGAAUUCCCUCCCGAGGAAGCACAUGAGUAA